AUGAAAAUCGGCAUUAUACCGGUGAAUAUCGGGGUAGAUUCAGUAGAGCAGAUGACUGGGCUUGCGCAACUGGCAGAAGGUUUAGGCUUCGAAUCUGUAUGGACUUUUGAGCACGUCAUUGUGCCGCUGGAUUAUCAGUCCAAGUACCCGUACAGCCCCACGGGCAAAAUGGGCGCUGCGCCGGAAACCAAUUUUGUCGACCCGCUGAUUGCACUGUCGCAUAUUGCGGCAGCCACAAAAACACUCAAGCUGGGUACAGGGGUAAAUAUUCUGCCCCAGGCGAAUCCUCUGUAUCUGGCCAAGCAGGCCGCAAGUCUGGACUUCGUUUCCCAGGGAAGGCUGCUGCUGGGUUUAGGCAUAGGCUGGCUGCGCGAAGAAUUCGAAGCGCUUGGCGUGCCAUUCGAAAAGCGCGGUGCUCGAUUUGAUGAUUAUCUCGAGGCCAUGCAGAAGCUCUGGCAGGGUGGGGUGGCGGAUCAUCAAAGUGAGUACCUUGAUUGGCAGGGUUUCAAAAGCUUUCCCAGCGCUCCGGAACUGGCCGUUGUCAUUGGUGGCAAUAAAGGCAAAGCCUUCGAUCGAGUGGCCAAAUAUGGCCAAGGUUGGUUUGCACCCACUACCGAUGCCGGUGAGUUGAGCGCCGAUAUGGAGAAACUUAGAGCCGCGUGCGAUGCACACGAUCGUGAUGCCUCCCAGGUGGAAAUAACCUGCAUGUGGACAGGUCAGGGGGGUGAUGAAGCGGUGCAGGCCCUGGCUGCUGCGGGUGAUCGCAGCAUAAAAGAAUUGGCAACACACGCUGGGUUGGUGCAGCACCUCAGGGUGAUUGUGCCCGUGUUGCACGACGAUAAUCACCUGAAGGUGUUGUUGAAGUGGCUGGCGGAACAUCAACUGGCGGCCAUUGUUGUGGAUGGCGCUGCCAGCGAGGUGACGCAAAGGCUUGUGACCACUCCGCAUGAAUACAUAGCCCAUCCACCAGGGAGAGGCAUGCAGAUCGCUUGUGGUGUCGCUGCCUCUGCCGUGCCCUGGAUAUGGGUUCUGCAUGCAGAUGGUUUACCAAGCAGCGCUGCGGUAAGCCAGUUGGGUGGCCUGGUCGAGGCUGAUGAGCCUCGUUGGGGUCGCUUCAACGUGAAAAUACAGGGCCUCGCGCUGAUUGCGCACACGAUGAACCUGCGGUCUCGAUUCAGCAGAAUCUGUACCGGAGAUCAGGGCAUGUUUUUCCAUGCAGGUCUGAUUCAAGCAAUAGGUGGUUUCCCGGCACAGCCGCUGAUGGAAGAUAUUGAAGUCAGCCGGCGCCUCAAAGCGGUUGCAUCAAGUGCGUUUGUGGCCUUGAGCGCAACUGUUGAAACGUCGCCGCGCCGUUGGCGCCAGGCAUUAGCCGUGUUCACCCGAACGCCUGUAAUGGGUAAAACGAAAACCCGCCUGGCGAAAUCGUUGGGCAAAGCCGAAGCGUUGGCGGCGCACAUUGAGCUGGUGCAGGGUUGCCUGGGCAGGUUGCAGCUGCAGGCGGAUGCACGCUGCGAAUUGUGGGUUACUGACGAUGCGCCUAUUGUCGCCCAGUGGGCGGAUCGGUAUCACUUCGAUCUGCGGUAUCAAUGCGAAGGCGAUCUGGGCGCGCGCAUGUAUCACUGUCUGGCGCAGAUGUUCUUAGCGGAUGUGUCGGUCGCAGUGCUGGUUGGCACGGACUGCCCGGAUAUUGACGGGCGUUAUGUGCGGCAGGCCUUCCGCGCGCUGCAGAGCAACGACGUUGUGUUUGGUCCUGCUGAAGAUGGUGGGUAUGGCCUGGUUGGCAUAUGUCACUCUGCCAUGCCGGCGGCAGUGACACUGUUCCAGGAUAUUGCAUGGGGCAGCUCGACUGUGCUGGCGCAGAGUCUGGAGCGAGCUGCUGAGGCGCAGUUGUCGGUUGUUCAGUUGCCGGUGAUCUGGGAUGUUGAUCAGGUCGCGGAUUGGCGCCGCUAUCAGCAUAUCGAAAAGGGUUAA